CAUGGGAAUUUUCUUCCAUUAAAUACUUAAAUAAUUAAGCCCAAUUAUUUGAACAGCAGAAUGUUAAAUUGUACUUCUUGACAUUGGCAUUUAUCAAGGUAUAGUAUAAACAAACUUGUUCUCUUUAAGUAUUAGACUUCUCUGAGCAGAACCCUCAUAACUGCAGUGUUUAUACUCCUACAAAAUAAAACCAUUAUUAUAAUAAUACAGAUUUUUUACUCAAGUCUAAAAAAACAACAUCAGGCAAAGUUAGAACAAUGUUUACUUUAUUUGAGAAGUAGUUUUGAGGUCUAAAACUAAUAAAGACAGAAUGUUAUUUAAUACUGCACUCUAAGGUAAUUAAAAAAUAGAUCCCCAAGGCUCCAUUAUUAGUAGUUUAUAGGAGUCUCCUACUCAAAAGUUCAUAUACAAGUUCAUGGAAACUAAAAAGAAUCAUUCAAUGAAUUUUGCUUCUACCACAGAAGUUAAAAAAUACACAGGAGUUUAUUUACUCUUCAGUCAUGUUCUUUAAUAUAUUGGCCAGUUUUUAAUAUUUUUAUUGGCUACUGAUGUUCAAAAAACAAGCUUGCACAAAAUCUUGUGGAAAAAUAUAAUCUAAGAGCAUCGAGAUGUAGUAUUUUAUCUCUAACACAAAUCCAAAUUCCCCAAUUUUCCUAUAGUCUCUAGGAUGUCAUUCACUGGCUGAAGAAAUGGAUCACCAUGAUAGCUAUGGUGGUGAUAUAUCUACCCAGGAAAAAUUACUAGAAAAUACAGUAAAUUUAUACAUUUAAUAGAUUAUUGUUUGAUUUUCAUUGGUGAUCUCAAGAGUUUUACAAAGUAACACAAGUGGGAUGCUAUUAAUUGACUUCUAUAGCUAGCACACCUUUUUUUCCCUUAUCUAGCUAAUAGAUCUGGCAUCUUAAUGUGGCCUUUGAUAGUCUUUGAUCAGACAGUGCCUUAUGCCUAGUUAUUUUUGGUUUAUCCUAGAGCACUAUAUUCUGCGCAAGAAAGACUAGAGCUCACCCGUAACAUCAUAGUGUCGGGGAUGACUCUUAAGUGCCAACAGGAUGAAGGGCAGUGAGUCUUCCCUGAGGCUAACACAGGUACAGGGAGGAACACACUCAGGGAGAGCUCACUGGGCAGAGCUGGCCAUUGCUUUAGGUUAAUUCUCAAAGCAGAAAUCCUAUUUAAAUUCAGUAAGAUAUCGGACCCCUUUCAUUCAAGCAUGAGGAAAGGUGGAAAAACUAACUCUCUCGCCUAAUAAAGCCUAGGUUGAAAUACUGUUCAAAAUGCUAAUUUAAAAGUGAAUGCAAGUUCAAGGGUCUUAUCCAAAGCUUUGUGGUAUGGUCAGUCUCGGUAGAAAGCAGCACAGAAUAGCACAGCUAAUGUUAAACAAGCUCAUGCAGAUAACAGAAAGCCUAGUCACCAACAGGAGUUUUGCAAGGGAUAAUUUAUCCUGUCGUUUAAAAAGCCAAUUAAACCAUAAUGAUGUCCUGUAGCAAGACUUAACUAAGCAGUUUGCCGUACCAAAAAAAAAGAUUUAUAAAAAAAGGAGAAAAUUCUCAGUAAUGCUGUAUCAUACCAGAGCCUGCAGCACAGGACAGUAGCACUUGGCAGCACUGUAGAGUUUCAGCCUCCUACGCUGUUUAACAGUUCAGUUUCUCGAGGAGUCUGUGACAGGAUUCAAUCAGCAGUUUUUCCCAGAGCUUUGAGGGGAAAGAUACUAUUAAUUUUAUGUGAGUGACUUGCUUUGACAGGGAAAAUGGCCAGGAAAGUAAGGAAACACACCUGAACAUCUUCCCCUGGUUUGGUAGCAAUUGAUACACUACCGAGAGAAUACAGCCAGCUCAAAGCAAUUUUCUCAAGGUGAGAGGCCAAAGAAACAGCAAAAUUGCCAGCAACGGAAGCCUCAAUUCCCAGUGAAAGAAUUCCCAAGGUUGCACACAAAGUAAUGAAUAUCAGUUCUGCCGCAAUAUUAUUUACCUCCUAGGAGAAAAACUCCAACUCUCGGGCUCAAACCUCCGAAAGUUCACAGUAAAGAAAAAAUGCAAGCCAGAAAGCAAAUUGAGGAAAAAGACCUGUUCAACAGCAAUACCUGUGUCACAUACCUCAUUUCUCUUUAGCACUCUGCUGCAGAAAGCUUCGCAAGAAUGAGGAUGGUCUCGGUGCUGCUUCUGCUGAGCACCCUCCUGGGUACCCCUGCGGCGCCCUCCCGGCGUCCCUCUUGUUACAAGAGGGCCCUCAAAGACCACAACUGUCACAACAUCCCCGAGGGCACGGCAAACCUUCGACAAAUCGUUGAUGGUCUGCAAGAUCACUUUUGGGAAGGGAAGGGCUGCGAGGUGAUCUGUUACUGCAACUUGAACGAAUUACUCUGCUGCCCAAAGGAUAUUUUCUUCGGACCAAAGAUAUCUUUUGUGAUCCCCUGCAACAGUCAGUGAUGGACAUCGAGUCUGCUGGUGAAGACAAGAGACAUCAUUCUACAAGCACAUAAUAAUGCUUUCAAAGGGAAAAACAAAACCACUUCCAACAAAAAAAAUUCCUUUAUAACCACAUGACAGUGCCUCUUUUUACACUGUAGAAAAAAUUACCUUUCUAUAGCUAUUUGGAAUUUCAAAUAGUAAGUUCUCCUUUCAAAUUUGGUAGCUGCCUUAAUUUCCAUAAUGGUGUAGACCGUACAAGCUCUUAAUACAUCCUAAUACACAUCCCCUAGCAAAAACCCUAAGUCAUGUUACUCAGCGCAACAUUCUCAACUAGUUUUGAUGGAAGUCCAAGCUUAAGCCUUCAUGUGGUUAAGAACGUGACACUUGUAGCAACCUACUGCAAGGGCAGCUUUCUAUUGCUUUAUUGCUAUCACAGAGUUAAUGUUGUUCUAGGCUGAAGCUACUCAGAACCUGGCACUUCUGCAGACAGGCUCCCAUGUUCUAUUUAGGCAUCUUAAACAAAAAAACAUGCACAUACAAAAGAUUAACUUUAACUUUUCAUAUCUGAAAGUUCCACUGGGGAAAAAAAAGUCAAAAUUCACAUUAAUAGUACUAAAGCACAUUUGGGUCUUAAUUAUAUCUAAUUGGUCACCUGCAUUAACUAUGCAAUCUGUAAAACCUUUAAAUGGGUUAAUCUUAACAUUGAGCUUUCAAACCACUGGAACAGUUACAAGUGUGU